AUGUCGCAACUACAAGUCAGAAAGUAUUUUAUCCUUAUGAUACUCCUCGCCUUCUCCUUGCUUUUCGCAUUUGCUAGUGCAUGGCAUGAGGUGCCACUAUGGACUGUUAAAGAUCCCUGCCCUUCCGCUAUUCGAGCCAUCGUCCCAUCCAACAGACCGUUCGGUCGAUGGAGACCGGUGCAUGAUGCCACGAGAACAUGCAGUAAUAUUACUGAGCUUGAGCUGAGGAUGGUAGGUCCAAGCUGCACAGAGCACCCCGAUGGCUGGAAUUUACCUUUCACCACCGACGGAAGUGAUCGCUAUCUCUCGGCGCCACAACUCUUGUCGUUUUCCAACUACGAAUUUCACGAAUCUGAGUGGGAAAAUAUUAGAUCAGGAACACCACAAUGGGCCAACAAAGACGGCUCAUGGCCCGUCUCAAAUUCAACAAGCUCUAUUGUGCGAUGGGCUACAAAUGUGCUCUAUCGCAGCAGAUGGCAUGUUGAUCAAAUGACAUUUAAAUACAAAUAUGCAAUUGGUCAAGCGGACUACUCUACAUGGUGGGGACACGGCAAGGCACAAAGAUGGUACAGCCAGCGAAAUAUACCAAUUGAAAGACUAUCGAAAGAUAACAUGCAGCUCUGGUUGGAAGCUAUGGACUUCUCCAAAGUGCGAACCUUAUCGAUCGAGGACACAGGCACUCACCCAGAGGGUAAGGGUCUACUUAUUUAUCUUCCCCCAACGCUGACAGGCCUCGAAACGCUUUCCAUCCAGGGCCGAUGGUUGAAUUGGAGAACAUAUCUGGCGGAAUGGGAGGCUGCUCCUGGGCCAUUGCCCAAGAACAAGUGGUCUUUAUCACCACCGCCACCAGCCCGAGACUUCAUACUGGCUUUACCGCCAUCACUAAAGAACCUCACCUGGAUGGAGAGUGGAACUGUUCAAGAGGAUGUGUUUGACUCUGUUAUAAAACACCACGGACCUUCGCUGCAUCAUCUCAAGUGGACGAAUCGAGAGCGUGCUGUCAAGUCCAGACCAAUAUUGACCGACAAUCAGCUCCAAAUUCUGGGAAAGUGGGCUCCUGGUUUGACCAGCCUAAACAUUGACCUUGAAGGAGAAAAUUGGACGUUGCCCCAGGAGCAGCUGAAAAUUCUUUCCAAGGCCCUACCCAAUUUGAGGAAGCUGGUUGUCAAUCUAAAUCUACUGGAUGGAGGCAUGCAGAUGGGCGGUGCUAGCGCUGCUGAAAGGGAGAAUCAAAUACUAGAGUCAGCUCUGGAUAUAGAAGAGGCUUCUGGUGUGUUCCAAGAUCUGGGAAAGUCAAAGGAUGGUAAAAACUUGGACAGUAUCGAGUUUCGUCAAGGCGACUGGACAGAUGAAUGGCCAUUCGUAGAAGACAUAUGGGAGGAUAGAUUCUGGGUCAAGUGUUGGGUGGUUGAAAAGGAUGGACUACCAGUGCCGAUGUGCAAAUCGGGUCAUGAAAACGUUUUCGAGAGUGAUUGA